AUGGAAGUCGGAAAGACGUUGGAUGAUUUCAUUCUGAUGGGAAGAUACGAUUUGAUGGCUGCUAUUAUGAUUGAGCUAGUGAUGCUCUCUCAAUGUGGCAAUUUGAUGUUUAUGGUGUUUGCGGGAGCAGUACCAAAAGUGACUGGCUGCAUUGGUGGGAACACUACUGGCCUCUCUCCUGAAGAGAUUUGCCAAUUGUAUGAUGCGGGAGAAUGCCAUCCAAUAACUGAAUAUCAAUUCUUAUCAGCGAAUGUUGAGUUUGGAAUCCUUUGUGGUGAUACAAAAGAGAUCAAAGACAGCACAUCGUCACAGAUGAUCGGCUACUUGAUCGGGUCACUUAUUUGGGGACAGAUCUCGGAUGUUUUCGGGAGGAAACGGCCAAUGUUCAUCUGUCUUCUUUUGAAUGGAAUCCUCGGCCUAGCCACUUGUCUCAGCCCUGAUCUUCUCACUCUAACCGUCAUCAGAACAGCACUCGCCUUUUUUUUCACUGGACAUGUCGUAAUCGUUUUCGUACUCUUCUGCGAGACGUUUCCCUCAAAACAUCGUUUAUGGCUAGCUUUCGUUCUCAAUUGGUCUCCAAAUUAUGCUCUAGUAGCUAUUAUCGCGUAUCUUUGUGGAAACUGGCGUUGGUUCUCGCUUAUCAUCAAUGUGCUAUGCUUUCCCGCAGCUUUCAUUUUGUGGUUCAUGUGCGAGACUCCGCACUUUUUGUUGAGAAGAGGAUUGCUCACAAAAGCCGCCGAAGCCGUCGCGAGAAUCUACAAAAUAAACGGUCAUCAACUUGACGAGAAAGCGCUCAAUGCCGUUUUUGAGCACGAGAGGAAACAUCUUGAGCUCCUCUCUCAUCAAUCCUACUCAUUCGCGCAUCUUUUCUGCACAAAACGAUUAGCUGGAUACACGACUGCCAUUUUCUUAAGCUUUUUAAUGGCUUCAAUGGUCAACUAUUCACUUUUAUUCAAUAUGGAGGAAAUGAAUGGAUCGAUUUAUGUGAACGCUUUCUUUAUGGGUUUCUUUCGCUUGGUGCUGAAUCUCGUCUCAGCUCUUGUUGAUUAUAAAUGCGAGAAGUUGGGCAGAAAAACUGAACACAAUUUCUACUGUCUUUAUGCUCUGGUUACUUUUGGUGCUGCAAUAGUUGCCGAAUUCUUAGGCAUUUCUUCAAGCGAAUCCUCUGUCCUUCGUUUCAUUCUCCUUUCAGCUGCCUCAAUGGUUUGCCAAUUAUAUGCAGUGGUCGGAGUGGUUUGUAAUGAGGUUUUCCCAACUCCCAUCCGAAAUGUAGCCUUUGCGAUGACUCAACUGAGUGAAGCAGUGGCUUCAAUCGCCGCUCCUCAAGUCUUCCAAUUGACUUCAUUCGGUCAAUGGGUUCCUCAUGGUGUAAUGAUUGUUCUCAUCACUGCCGAUCUUCUAUUCUUCUCGAAAUUUGUACCCGAAAGUCGAGGGAAACCACUGGCUGAAGAUAUGCCUGAAGAAGCUGAGAGAUUAGGCAUUUUCAGAAAAGAUUUCCACUUUGAUAUCCCCCAUCAUUUCCCACAUCAAUGGCCUUUUGAGAUGAGCAAAGAUCGAGAGGAGGAGAAGAAGAUUUUCAAAAGGGAAAAUCUAAGAGCAACUUUG